CCCAUCCUCCGGAGUCCCUCCCUGGGCCGGCUGCCCAAAGAGCGAGAAAGAGAACAGCCCUGUCUGUCUCUAGCCCAAGGGAAGUGGCGCGGGGAGGGAGCCCGUCCGCAGCCUCCUCCUCCUCCCGCCCAGGCCGCGGCCGAGCGUGUGCCUCUCGCACGGAAACCCCGCGCCGCCAAACCCCGCCGCAGCCGCUCAGCCCAGGCAAGGAAGGGGCUUCUUCCCGGGCGGGCUGAGCGGCCUCCUCCUCUUCCUCCGGGUCGCAGGGCAAGCCUCCCACCCAGGGCGAGCCAUGGACUCGGCCACGGAGACCCACGAGCUGAACGGCCUCACCGCCGGGAGCAGCAACGGCGACGCGACGCCUCCGGCUCCUGACCAGCCUCAAAGACAAUGGCUACAGAGAAACAGACCAAUUAACAUUAACCAUUAUGCCAACAAGAAGAGUGCAGCCGAGAGCAUGUUGGACAUUGCUUUGCUCAUGGCCAAUGCAUCCCAGCUCAAGGCAGUCAUGGAACAAGGACCUUCCUUCUCAUUUUACAUCCCACUUAUUGUCCUCAUUUCCAUCUCACUCACACUUCAGGUUGGAGUGGGUGUCCUUCUAAUAUUCCUUGUCAAAUAUGAUCUCAAUAAUCCUGCAAAACAUGCCAAACUGGAUUUCCUGAAUAAUCUUGCAACUGGACUGGUGUUCAUCAUAGUAGUUGUGAAUAUCUUUAUUACUGCCUUUGGAGUUCAGAAGCCAUCAGCCUCAGUCAGUAAGUGAUGUGGAGAGACCUGAGUUCUGAAUUUUAUACAUGGUUUCUGCCUAUCAAGAAGAUUUCACUUGGAUAGAAAACAUGAAGAACACGAAACAGUUCAAACAAGUAUCUGUCUCUGUCAUUUGGCCGAACUCUUUGGCAGAAGGGGCUUUCUGUACAAUCUCUUUAACUGUGCACAAGAUGAUGAACUGCUCCUGUUGGGAAAAUUAAAUUGAAUUUUGCAGUGCAAGAGGUUCUUCCAAAGGAGAUGACUGAAAUCAACAUUUGACACAGGCAUCAAAUGUUCGCAUAAACCUGAUGGUAUUCCAUCACAGAAGAUUGCUGUUUAAGUGUUAACUGAAG